AUGGUGGGCAUCCUGCUGCUCCUCCUCCUCUUGACGCCGCCGUCGGCAACGGCAACAGCGCAGCUCUGCGGCAGCGGCGGCAACUACACGGCCAACGGCACCUACCAGUCCAACCUUGCCGCCCUCGCCACCUCACUCGCCAGCAACGCCUCCUCCUCCCCUCAGCUCUUCGCCGCUGGCAGCACCGGCCAGUCCCCCGACGCGGUGCACGCGCUUGCUCUUUGCCGCGGCGACUUCGCCAACGACACAGCGUGCAGAGAUUGCGUCACCGCCUCGUUCCAGGACGCGCAGCAGGCGUGCCCGAACCGCAAGGGCGCCGCCGUCUACUAUGAGUACGCCAACACACAGCAGCCAGGGUGCGUUGUCGGCUUCUCCGGCGACGACGGCUUACUCAGCCCAGCCAAUGGUAUUACCGACAACGCAACCCUCUUCCAGUCGUGGAACCAGAACAACAUCUCCAACGACGGCACUAACAACGUUGUUCCCGCCGACGUCCACAACCUACUGACGGUGACCGCCCAGAACGCGGCUGCCGAUCCGGCGAGGCGGUAUGCCACCACGGUCUUGGACUCCGUCCCGACGCUCUUCUCUCUGGCGCAGUGCACGCCGGACCUUUCCGCCGGCGACUGCCUCGCGUGCCUUCAGCGGCUCAAUGGCAUGGUCAACGCCACCACGUCCAUGCCCCUGGGAGGCCGGAUCUUCGUGCUGCGCUGCAACAUCAGGUUCGAGGCGUUUAUGUUCUUCGACCAACCAACAAAGCGAAUCAGUCCGUCGUCCAUCGCUCCGACGGCGCCGGCAGGCAAAAGGCGUGGAAUCAAACCAUGGGCAAUUGCCAUAUGUGUAGCCGCUCCUUUAGCACUAAUUGUUUUUUGCUUCACCCUUUACCGUCUCAUAACAAAUUCUAAAUUUUCAGGUACAGUGAGACUAGGAGAAAGGAGUUCUCACAAAUCUCAAGGAGGAGAUCGUGAACUUGUUUGGGAGAUGGGAGCAGAUUUUUCAGUUUAUGACUUUCAUGAGAUAUUGAAGGCUACCAAUAAUUUUUCCGAAGAAAACAAACUUGGACAAGGUGGAUUUGGCCCUGUAUAUAAGGGAUGCUUUCAUGACAGAACGGAGAUUGCAGUUAAGAGACUUGCUUCAAAUUCAGGACAAGGUUUCAUAGAGUUCAAGAAUGAAGUUGAGCUCAUAGCAAAGCUUCAACACAGAAAUCUGGUUAGACUCUUGGGGUGUUGUUCUCACGGAGACGAGAAAAUAUUGGUCUAUGAAUACUUGCCAAACAAAAGCCUCGACUUCUUCAUCUUUGAUGAAAAUAAAAAAGUUUUGAUAGACUGGAACAAACGUCUUGCAAUAAUUGAAGGAAUAGCAGAAGGGCUUCUUUACCUACAUAAACAUUCUCGUUUGCGUGUCAUACACCGAGAUCUUAAACCAAGCAACAUACUGCUGGACAAUGAAAUGAAUCCUAAAAUUUCAGAUUUUGGACUAGCAAAAAAUUUCACGUCAAAUAAUAUUGAGGAAAGCUCUACAAGAAGAGUAGUUGGUACAUAUGGCUACAUGGCUCCUGAGUAUGCUUCGGAGGGCCUCUUCUCUACCAAAUCUGAUGUAUUCAGCUUUGGCGUUUUAAUUCUCGAGAUCCUUAGCGGGAAAAGGAAUUCUGGUAGCAACCAAUGUGGAGAAUUCAUCAAUUUUAUUGGAUACGCUUGGCAAUUAUGGGAAGAGGGAAGAUGGACCGAACUCAUUGAUGUGUCAUUUCUCUCCAAGUGUCACUCGGAGCAAAUGAUGAGGUGCAUUAACAUUGCACUCCUAUGUGUACAAGAGAAUGCAGCAGAUCGACCAACCAUGUUAGAUGUGAUUGCAAUGCUAAGCAGUGAGACCGCGAUCCAACGGGAGCCUAAGCACCCACCAUAUUUCAAUCUAAGGGUAGGCAGUGAAGAGGCAUCCGGUACUACUAGCUAUGUGACCAUAUCUACCAUAAAUGCUAGAUAG